AUGGCCUACGGCCCCUUGGCGCAAUGCGCCUUCAUGUCAGGGCCAUCCCCUUUCAAGAAGAAGGCGCCGCCCAGCAAUGAGAAGAAGACGUUCAAAGACAUGCUGCCGCCGUGGAAAGCGCCAGAUCGAUGUGAAGCACCUCCACCAGGUUCUUUCAUGUUGUACUGCUUCGAUAUGGAAGAGGCAAAGGCGGAUCCCAAUGCCGCAAGUCGGUCGCUGCCGUUGGACGAAAUGUCUGCCGUCGUUUUUGGCUCUUCGCAGGAUGUCGACGGCAUGGUCUAUGAUGGCAACAAGGGCGUCAGGCCAGAGCAUGCCGCCAUCUACUACAUGAAGAGUCGGUGGUUCCUCAAGGCAGUCAAUGGGCCGGUGACAGUUGAGAGUAUGACAUUGCACCCCCACCUCAAAGACUCAGAUGGCAAGCCGCCCAAGCGCUACUCCUCGGCGAUAACCAAGAAGAUGGAGACCAUAGAGCCCAUGGACGCAAAGAGAAAGCUGACCAGAGAGUUCUGUGUGUUUCGUCUUGGCGACUCAGACCGUCGGUUCUGGAUUGGUGGGCCUUUGCCAGUGGGCGAUGGAGAAACAGAAGAGGCCGGCAGUGGUGCAGGGGCUGCGCCCGAAGGCCGUGCCGAGCGGAAGAAAGACCGCAAAGAGCGAGAGAAGGAGCGCGACCGCAAGGAGGAUCGCGACCGGGAUCGCUCACGCUCCCCUCGCAGUCGCAGCCGCAAGAGAAGGCGCUAA